AUGUACUGGUCACUCCUUACCCUGCCUCUUUUGGCAGCUAUACCAAUUUCGAAUGCCCAACUCACCGGCCGUGUUGGUCCCUUGACCACAGUGACCGAAAAAGCCGCAAUCAAGACAUGCAAUGUCCUCGAUUACGGUGCUGUGGCCGAUCUUUCCACAGACUUGGGCGUUCCGCUAGUCUCCGCCUUCAAGGACUGCAUUCACGGAGGACUCGUGUAUAUCCCCGAAGGAAGGUAUGCAAUGUCCACCUGGGCCACCUUGGACAAAGGUACUGGCUGGGCACUGCAACUUGAUGGGAUAAUCUACCGAAAUGGCACCGACGGCGGAAAUAUGAUUCUUAUUGAGCAUGCGUCUGAUUUUGAGAUGUUCAGUAGUAACUCUGCUGGUGCUAUGCAAGGGUUGGGAUAUGAGUUUCAUGCUGAUAAAAAGUCGACCACUACUCGAUUAGUAAGAUUGCAGAAGGUUGAUUCUUUCUCUGUGCAUGAUAUUAUUCUCGUGGAUUCGCCUGCGUUCCAUUUGGUGCUAGACACCGUUCAGGAUGGUGAGGUUUAUAACGUUGCAAUCCGUGGUGGUAAUGAGGGAGGACUGGAUGGAAUUGACGUCACGGGGUCAAACAUUUGGGUCCAUGAUGUUGAGGUGACUAACAAGGAUGAAUGCGUGACUGUCAAGUCACCGUCGUCCAACAUCCUCGUUGAAAGCGUCUAUUGUAACUGGAGCGGUGGAUGUGCUAUGGGGUCUCUAGGGGCAGAUACCAAUAUCAGCGAUAUCACCUACCGCAACAUCUAUACCUGGUCAUCAAAUCAAAUGUACAUGAUCAAGAGUAACGGGGGUAGCGGAACUGUGCAAAAUAUCCUCCUUGCGAACUUUAUAGGCCACGGCAAUGCAUACUCUCUUGACAUUGACACUUCUUGGGCCCAAAUGUCUAAAGCAUCUGGUGAUGGAGUCGGAUACUCCAAUAUAACAAUCACAAACUGGAAGGGAACAGAAAGCAAUGGCUUGCAACGUGGUCCCAUCAAAGUCCUAUGUCCUGCGGGUAACCCCUGCUAUGAUCUCACGAUCGAAAAUUUCGCCAUGUGGACUGAGUCCGGAGAUUCGCAAACAUACACAUGUGACAAUGCUUAUGGCAAGGGAUUCUGUUUGGCAAGUGGUCAUGACUAUGUUGCCUACACUGGCACCCCGACUACCGUCACUGUUGCUCCUAGUGGUUAUUCGGCUACUACUAUGACUGCAGAUUUGAAGAGUGCAUUUGGUACAAAGUCUUCUAUUCCUAUCCCCACAAUCCCGACAACCUUUUUCCCUGGGGUGACGCCUUACAGGGCGUUGGCUAGCGCAUCGCAUGCUGCCGCUGCUUCUUCUGCCAGUUCUGCUCGCGAUGCUGGCUUGGCUGUUUCCUCCUUGGUUGGAACCCACACUGCUACCUCUGGUGCUACCUCUGUUGCCUCCACCGCUACUUCCUAUCCUUCUCGCUCACCCGUUUCCUUGGUUGCAACAUCUGCGACUUCUGCUGUCUCUGCUAUUCUCUCUCCCUCUCCUGAAAGUAGCAGCACCUCCCCAGCUACCGUUGGCAUCAUUUCCUCGAUUUCCAUACCUUCUGUUGUUAGCUACACAUCAUUCUCCACGAGCGUAGUCUCAAGUACCCAAUCUUCCCCACAGAAAGCAUUUUUAACUCCAAUCCCAGAACCAGAAGACAGCGAAAGAUGUCCAUCAGACUUUGACCUAUGA